UGAGUUUACUCUUUUUUUUAGGAGGCUCUCCAUCUCCAACAUAUACUUGUACCGGAGCAAAGUUCAAUACACAAGUGUCAAAAUGUUGGUUGGAAAAAAAUGGUUUUAAUAUAUCCAAUGUAAGGCUGAACAGCACCAACCCCGAGUGUUUUGCAUCAAGGGAGGUUGUGAAUGGAAAAUCUGAGAUGACCCUUCAUCGUCCAAUGUCAACCUCGGACUGUAACACUGUUGCAAAGGUAAAUGCGACCCAUGUCACCUACACAAAUCGGCUGUAUAUUUUUGCCAAAAAGUUUCCAAUCCAAACAGCAAAUGACGCGUCCAUGAGUAUUUCCUGCUCUUACCCGCUGAGUGUGAAUAUUGCUCUUAAUGUGUCACUGCGCCCAGUAAUUGGGACCACAGUACUAAAUGACGUUACAGGAAAUGGAAGUUAUGUAGCCGCAAUGUUGGCCUACACAGAUAACACAUUUACCACCCCUCUCUCCGACUCCAACCCCCUGACUGUUGAAAAUAAAAUUUACCUCUCAGUGCUCAUACCAGAUCUGGAUGUGAAAACCUUUAAACUCAAAGUGGUGAAUAUUUAUGCCUCUCCUACCAAUUCAAGCGACAAAAAGUACAAUCUUCUUCAGAACGGGUGCCCAGGUAGCGAUGUACCUGCUGACCAGCUAACAGUGGACAGCAAUGGAGUCGGCACUGAAUCUCGGUUUGCUAUGAAAGUCUUCAAGAUUGCCAACUCUAACGCCGUCUAUCUCUUUGCCGAUCUUGUACUCUGCACUAAUAAUUGUGCCACGAACUGCAGCUCGACUCAAUCCAAAUCCGAUGUUUCCCAAAAGAUUGAUGGAAAAGUCGGCAUCUAUUUGGAUGCAUGGGCGUGA